GACAUGAUUUUCCCAUGUGCGUUCAGUCUUGCCUAAUUGGACGUCGUCAUCAUGUAUAUAAACGUGAAAUAAUGUAUUUCAAUAAGAAAAGAAAGGUUCAAAUGAUACAUGGACCGAAAAUAGAACGAAAGGCCUACUUGCGUGUCCUCCGAAGGGAAGUAGACGACAGACCAAUCCUUGUUGUUGAUGCUUUCAUGGGUCGUAAUGAGACUGAUCCCAAGGUAUCUGGACGAUAUGACAUAUUCUUUGCCAGCGAAGUUUGCUUCGUCAUGGGUACACCAGUAGUGGACCCCUCUACUGUGAGAUAUAGGGCUGAUCGCAGAGAAGCAGGUAUGCCCAGCUUCAAUCAACUCACAGCUUUGUUCUCCGGGCUCAUUCACCAAGGGCUACCCUCCGGCUACAUAGAGGGACCUUCCUGUUUCAUACACGACACCACACCUCAUGUCCUCAAGGUGAAUAUUCGCUUCCUUAUAGACACUGGACUGUACAACCGGCUAUAG